AUGAAAACUGAACAAAGAAUUCUGAACAUCCGCGCUCAGUGGCACCAACAGCAGGAAACCUCUGUGUCCUUCACAUUUUUCACAUGUAGCUUACGACAGAGAGGCUCAAAGGGCUGGGCUGGUGACGUCACAUCUGAAAGUGAAAGUAUUUGGACUGAGACGUGUCUGAGACGCCGAGUGAAUGUGACCAUGGCUUCAGAGAGAGAGCAGAUACCAGGAACCAUCAGUGAAGAAGCAGCAGGGGGCAGCACUGAGCCAGGUGUCUGCGUCAGAACAAAAUCCUCAGUGUCCAGUGCUGUGUCCCUGAAGAGUGACUGGUCUAUGCCUGAGCCACCAGACUUCAGUCUUGAAGCUGCUUCUUCAAAACCACAGUGA